AUGCCGCGAUCAAGUUUCUCAGAUAACCCGUUGCUGCGGGUGUCGCGGCCCGUCUCAGCGUGUUCGCGAUGUCGAGCCGCAAAGGUCAAGUGUGAUGGCAAGCUUCCAGCUUGCACCGCCUGUGAGAAGGCUGGCCGUGAGAAUGAGUGCUCCAGUGCUAACGACCAGUUUGCCCGAGGCAAAGAAAGGAGCUACGUCGCCGCAUUGGAACUGCGAAUCGAGAAGUUGGAGAAGCGCUUAAAGUUCGCCCAAAAUCGGAAGGCUUCGGUCAGCAAUCACAUUAACGACGAAGCUGCUCCUCCGGCCGAUCGCAAAGACUCAUUAGCCAACAUCCGAGCUGCCAUCCACCGAAAAGCCGCACGUAGUAGAGAAGAGUCUGAUGUCAACGCUCUUGUAUCCGAUUUUGGCUUUCUCUCGGUCAACGCAACAACUCGUGAUUUUGAGCCAUCCCUCAGCAACAUGACGUUUGCUCGCUUGGUGUUGGCAGCAGCGACUAAUGACAAAGUUCCUGAUCCGACGGAAGACAGUUUCCCAACGAGAACGGACGCCGCGGCCACCAUCGACUACUACAUGAACAACGUUCAUGCCCUGUUUCCCUGCUUCCCCAGGGACCAUGUUUUCAACGUUUUGGAUGCGUUCUAUCAACAAGACGAGAGAGUGAAAGAAAAGCUUCAGGACUCCGACUACUGGUUGCUGUACAUGGUCCUGGCCAUCGGCUACUCCGCCCAAAGCAGAAACAAAGACGACGAGUGCUAUCGCCGUGGCCUUGACUUCGUCGCUCGAGCAUUGCCGUUUGCCGAUAAGGCGCUGAUGCCCGGUUACCCAACACAAAUCUCAUCCCUCAUUCUCUUCACCCAGUACUCGAUGCUGGAUCCGGCUCACUUUGACAGCUGGUAUCUGAUUGGGUUCGCAAGCAGGGCAGUAGUUGACUUGGGAUUCCACCAAGACCCGCCUCAGCUGCAGGUUCCUGACAAAAACGCCCAAGAUUUGAGAAGGAGAAUGUUUUACUGUGUGUACGCGCUUGACAGAACAAUCAGUAUGAGCCGCGCCCGAUCAUUCUCGUUCACAGACGAUUCGGUAAACGUAGAGUACCCGAGCCCCUCGGCACCACCAUCCGGGGCCAUCACUGGAGCUCAGUCUGCCGAUCCCGCGCUGCUUCUGUUCCAGCUCAGACGCGUUCAAUCGGAGUGGUAUCAAACCCUGCACCAGGGAGAUUCAGCGCCGCUCCCCGAUCCUGCUUCUUUCAUCUGGCAGAUGUGCCUUGAGAUGAGAGAGUGGCACGAAAACCUGCCCGAGAAGGACAGUCUUCCGGCUGGCAUUCGGGAGCUCUUUGAGCUGGAACUGAGGCAUAGCUACGUCUAUUGCCUCGCGCCUAGUGAUCGCUCUCCUCACCUAACCGACUACGCCCGAAAGCUGAUCUUCGAACACGCGAUUGCAUACAUGAACACCAUUCAUGCUGUCGUCCAUAACUCCGUCAACCCGGCUUUCUACACAUCCCUUGAUGCGCUCAAGGUCUAUUUCGUGGCAAUGCAGUUCUUCACUGUCUUCAGCGCUGCCCGCGAACUUCUGCUCUCUGAACAGCGCAUCAUACCGCCCAUCACACGCCCAGGGACAGCACCUCCUCCUCCUUUACCACACCGUCAAAUGGGUGGCGAGGAUAACGUAGAUAGGAGCAUACGAUGCUUACAACAAGUUGUGGAGACGCUCGGGAAAUUCUCCGAGAGGUUUGAUAUUGCUUCAUCUUUGAAGGAUGGGUUUCAAAGUAUAUCAUCGGAGUUGUUCUCGUGGCUACAGGUCCGACGACAAAUGAGAGAUCAGCAACCGCAACAGCAGCACCAUCAACAUCAGCAACACCAACAGAUGCCUCCCGGCCCGUCGCCGCCGCAGCCUCAACAUCCCACCCAUCCACCUCAUCCUCAUCCGCAGGUGCUCAUGACACACCCGCAAAUGCAGAUCCCGGGCAUGAUGCCGCAGCCUGGGCAACAGCCAAUGAUGCAGUACAGAUGGGUUGGUGAUGGCUCGGGUCAGAUGAUGCCGGGCGGCCAACCUGGCCCAGGCGGGCCCCCUAGAUGA